AUGGCCGCCGACGAGCCCGAGGCCGCAACAGCCGAGCAGCAGCCCACUUCUUCCGAGGCCGCAAACGCAGAAGUCACCGCCGCCGUCGAAGAUCUCCUCAACUCGCUCUCCAACAAGUUUGCCAGCAUCUCGUCCGAGAUCUUUGCAAAGAACAAUGACCUAUACGACAAGGGGAAUACUGACUUGCCACGGCCCGAAGUGGACGAAAUGUCCCGGAGAUUAGACAGCCUGGAGGCGGCCCUCGUGGAGACUAAGGCGUCCAAGGAAGGCGCGUCUUCAACGGAGCAGUGA